AAUGUUGAACUCGAAGCUGAAGAGGAGAAAUUAGAAAAAAUAGCCGAGAAGCCAGCGAAUUCAUUUGGCUUAUUUUCCAAGGAAUUCCUUCGACGUCAUGGCCUUCACUUGUUAGGCACCACUACAACAUGGUUCCUGCUGGACAUAGCUUUUUACAGCAACAAUCUUUUUCAGAAGGACAUAUUUAGCGCAAUUGAAUGGAUCCCCCAUGCCGAAAAAAUGAAUGCUGUGCAGGAAGUAUAUCGUAUUGCAAAAGCACAGACUCUAAUCGCUCUUUGUAGUACAGUCCCGGGAUACUGGUUUACGGUAGCUUUCAUUGAUAUAAUCGGAAGAUUUGCCAUACAACUUAUGGGAUUCUUCUUCAUGACUGUCUUCAUGUUUGCACUAGCUAUCCCUUAUAAUCACUGGACCCACGAUGAGAAUAAAAUUGGCUUUGUGGUCAUGUAUUCACUUACAUUUUUCUUCUCCAACUUCGGCCCGAAUGCUACCACAUUCGUCGUCCCAGCAGAAAUCUUCCCAGCCCGGCUAAGAUCAACCUGCCACGGCAUAUCUGCCGCUGCCGGAAAGGCUGGCGCUAUUGUAGGAGCAUUUGGUUUCUUGUAUGCAUCACAGCCUAAGGAACCAAGCAAGAGAGAUGCUGGAUAUCCAGCCGGUAUUGGCAUAAGAUAUACGCUCAUUGUCCUUGGCUGCGUAAACGCGUUGGGAAUGCUAUUUACUUUCUUAGUGCCGGAACCGAAAGGAAAAUCACUGGAGGAGGCAUCAGGUGAGAAUGAACUGGAUGCUGAAGAGUUAACAGAUCAGAUUGCUCCUUCCCAAAGGACUGUACCAGUUUAAUAAUAUCAUUAAAUUUCUAGAGUGAAACCCUUAAAUAAUUUGCAUUCCCAGUUUGAAGACUUUAAACCAUGUAUUUACUCCAUUUGCAUUCUUGUUUUUGUAUUGUGGAUGUAAUUUAAUGGCGUUUUGGAAGCAUUGUACUUGUACCUCAAUAAAGAAAGAAA